UGAUUUGAUGGUAUCGAAGCGCAUUUUUUUUUUAUAUUCUUUUGUUCUUUGUCACUUUCUGCAUCAGUGUAGCAAUGGCGCAUAAGUGUGAAAGGGAAUCCUGACUAGCCAUUUACAUAUGAGCGGAUAAUUGAUGCAAGGACUAAAUCUUUGUGGUAUUUUUGGAGCAUCUGAGAUGGGUUUUUCUGCUGCCACUCCUAAAUCAUUGCCUCAUUGUUUUUCUCUUAGAAAUUCUGAUCACAAACGCCUGCAGUUUCAAUCUUUCAAGUACCCACCAAGAAGGAUCAUUUCCUGCAAGCUUGAGUCGAUGAGAUUUGAAGAAAGAAUGAGCCCGAAUGAGGUGAAGAAAGAGAUCCAGAAAUGUUAUGAACUGAUACAUAGGCUUGGCAGGGGUGUUGUGUAUUUGGGCUCUUCAAGGAUGGGUCCUGGCCAUCCACACUAUACACAAGCAUUUGAGUUGGGGAAAGAGAUUGCAACCCUCUUGGAUUGUACUUCAUGGUCGGGGGCUGGACCAGGCCUUAUGGAUGCUGUCACAAAAGGUGCUUUACAAGCCGGAAAGGCUGUUGGUGGUUUUAAGAUAGGCAAAGAAGCUGGGGAAUGGACGGCCACAAAUUUUCACUCAUACUUGCCAUCCGAAACAUACCUUACUUGCAGGUUUUUCUCUGCGAGGAAGCAUGGUUUAGUAGAUGCUGCUGUUAGAUCUAGUAGCUUGGAUAAGACGGCUGUGAUUGCUCUGCCUGGAGGAAUUGGCACUCUGGAUGAGAUAUUUGAGCUUAUGGCAUUGAUCCAACUUGAUCGAAUUGGCUCAGUUCUCCCCGUUCCUUUCCUUUUGAUGAACUAUGAUUCGUUUUAUUCAAAGCUGCUCGACUUUCUCCAUGAAUGUGAGAACUGGGGUACACUCUCCAAGGGCGAGGCUGCAUCGCUAUGGAAAGUUUGUAACAAUAACACGGAAGCUUUGUCAUAUUUGUCAGAAUUUUAUAGCAUUAAGUCUGUUGAUAAUUUUAGAAAAGCAAUAGCAAGUGAUUGUGAAACUGCACUGUAAUAUUACACUGGGUGUUGGUAAGCUCUGAAUGCAAACAACUUCUUUGACACUUGAUGAUUUUCAUGAUCUUAAACAAAAGCAAAUAUUUCUCUAU